AUGGCAGGAGGAGGCCGGGGGAAAAGUCUUAUGAGUCAAGUUGCCGGUAAAGGCAAGAGCUUAAUGAAAGCCUUGAGCGGGAAGGGGAACAAUCCGGAAGAUCCGGAUCGCAUUGGAGACCGAGAUGUCCUUGCUUCCGCCCGUAGAAGAAAGCAGUUAGCUCGAGAAGCAGCGUUACAGCGGGAAGAAGAGAGACUGGGACGAGAAGUUGUUGCAGCUGGAGCCGGACCCUGUGGACCUACACGCGACCUCCAGCUAGCUCGUAGUACAUUGCCACAUGCCGACGACGAUGAUGACCACAACAACAAUCCCGAUAAUGUGGAUACUGACGAGGAGACGGAGGAAGAUGAUGAGCCAGAUGUAUAUCAGGGUCGUAGAGGUGGUCGUGCCUUACCCUUUCCGCAGCUGCCUGGUCCGGCGUACUUGGAGGGUCCGUGCGAGGGAGGGCCACAAAAUUACGAGUUUAUGCGAUGGUUCAAGUCGCAUAUAGCGAUGUACAUUUGGGAAGGAUAUGAGCGCCGUGAAACUACACGGUGCGAGUCGAGGAGCAAAGCACUCGAGGACUACCGCGGCCCGCAGGAUAACACGAUGAUUGCGAGGCUGGAGGCAACAAGUCUUUACCACUUACGAGACUGUUUUCUGAAGAGGAUGAACAAGAACCUCAUGCUAGCUUUCGUGGAGAGGUGGCAGCCGGAGACGAACAGUUUCCACAUGCCAUGGGGCGAGAUGACGAUCACGCUCCACGAUGUCGCUUUCAUCCUGGCGUUGCGGCUGGACGGACCGCCAGUGUCUGAAAUUCGCCCGGUAGAAGAGUGCUCACAGAGUCUUGCAUCUCUAUUGGGUGUCGGUCUGAUGGAAACCAAUGAGAUGUUUCGAAAUAAGGGAGUUGGUUGGGUUAAGGUGAGAGAUCAGUUGACCCUUCCCUCCACCACAGACGAGAAGAAGAUGAAGGGCUACUUGAUGUUUCUGCUUGGGUCUGUUUUGUUUGUAGACAAAACAGCGUGUAACAUGAAGCCGUGCUGGAUCCAUUUUACCAACGAUCUCGAUAAUGUCGGCAAGUAUUCGUGGGCUUCGGCAUGCUUAGCAAACAUGUACCGCCAAUUGGGUGUUGCCACCCGCGCUGGGAUGAACAGUCUCUGUGGAUGUGUUAUUCUCCUUCUGUGCUGGAUCUUUGAGUAUUUCCCCUGCUUUCGACCACAUAUUUCCCGUUCAUAUGCCGAGUUUGAGCAUCGAUGCAGAAGGUGGGCCCAUGGUGGAGGCAAUAAAAUCACGCUGCAGGAAUACCGGAAAAAACUCGACGCCAUGACCGAAAGAGAUGUUUGUUGGACCCCGUAUGGUACCGGUGCACAUUACUUGCAUCCUCGGAGCAUGUAUUACGGCACGAUACAGUUCAUGGAUAUAGUGGAGCCGUACAUGCCCGACCGAGCGUUGCGGCAGUUUGGAAGAGUCCAGACUAUCCCUUUCCCGAUAAUUGAAUGGAACUUGCCACAUAACCGCGGUUUGUUUGGCGCGGGAUACAAAGUCACUUUCCACGCUCCUGGCGGCUUGUGGCAGAACGAGUACGCCAACUUCAUUGACCUGUCGCAAUACCGUGAAGCAUGGCCACCGGAAACAGUUGCCGAGGAGUACAUGAAGUGGUACAUCGAGCGGACGCACCGGUUCAUUAGCAACCCUGAUAGAGUUCCGCCUGCAGAACGGGUUGUUGCUGCCACCCCGCCACACCAGCCGUUCGCCAAUGACAUAGCUCGGCUCCUAUUUGCAUGGACUUGUGUAUUAGUUUCGGAUUUUUUGCUAGUGUAUAAUUUUUAUUUGCACCUGACUAUUGGUAUUCGUGUGUUGUGA